AUGGCUAUUCUACGGGACGCGUUUCGGCUGUUGAUCUUCGAGCCGUUUGCCCGGUGGAAGCUGUUCAGGGAUCUUAGGCGGAGACGCCAAGCGCAAGCUCUCGAGGAGAAGAAAUUCAAUGGAUCUACCAACGGUCAAGCCAAAUCCAACGGACAUAUUCAUGCUACCAACGGGAACGGUCAUCCAAAUGGAAGUGUCAAUGGGAAUGGUGUAACCGGGCCUACUCCCAAAGAGUUACGCCAGCUCAACCAUAAAGUCCUUAGAUUCGCUGAGCAAGGAUGGUCAGUGGUGUAUUACACUUUACAAUGGUCUUUUGGUCUUUAUGUCCAUUAUAAUUUGCCUACCCGGAUGCUGGAUCCCACGGAUUUGUGGGUAGCGUACCCUCACAAACACAUCGCGGCUCCUGUCAAAAUCUACUACCUGACCCAAAAUGCAUUUUAUCUGCACCAAAUUCUUGUUAUCAACGCAGAAGCUCGAAGAAAGGAUCACAUACAAAUGAUGUCGCACCACAUCAUCACUAUCUUUCUGAUGGUGGGCAGCUACUUCUGCGACUUUACGCGUGUGGGUUGUGUAAUCAUGGUGCUAAUGGAUUGCUGUGACAUAUUCCUACCGCUAGCUAAAAUGAUUCGUUACCUCGAAAUUAGCCAGCUACUUUGUGAUAUGACAUUUGGCGUAUUCAUGAUAUCUUGGCUCAUAACAAGGCACAUUUUAUUCAAUUUUGUCAUCUACUCAACUAUCUAUGUCGGUCCCCAGCAUCUGCAAUGGCUAUGGGAUCAGGAUGGUGGUCACUAUGUGACAAAAAAUGUAUACGGCGUGUUUUGCGUUUUGCUUGUCGCACUGGAGCUUAUCCAGGUUGGAUGGUUCUGGUUGAUCUGCAAAGUUGUCUGGCGUGUCCUCACCACAAAAGAUGGCGCGACAGACGUCCGAAGUGAUGAUGAAGACGACCUAUCAGAAGCCAAAGAAGAUUAA